AUGAGAGGAAAACUUUUUACAUGUACAUUAAAAGGUGGAGCAUCGGUUUUAAUGUUAGAAAAAGCUCAAACAAAAGUUCCCAAUUACCCAAACAUUUUUGAUCAAAGGUUUAUUGAUGCAAUCAAGGAAAUGCUUGAAUUACUUAUCAAAUUAAAUAAAUUUGCAAAAGAAUCAUAUGACCGAAUGCGUUUUGACGGUGAUGCAGUCAGAGAAGUGGCUAAUUUUGUAGUUCAAGCUUUUGGAACAGAAGGCAAUUUGUGGUAUUUAUUGAAUCGGUUAUUUGCAAAACUUAAUGCACUUGAACAUUCAGAAUUACCUCAACAAGAAAAAAGUGAACUUCAACUGCAGUUAUACCUAACUCCAUCUUUGUUUGAUGCCUUAUUUAAUAUUUUCAGAAAACUUGCAAAAAGAAAAGAAUACCGACACGAGGUUAUUGUACGACAAGCUGCUGAUUUAUUGAAACCAUAUAGUGACAAAAUAAAAGCAGACGAAAAAUUGUUUAAAAACACAUUUGGAAUAACUGAGAAUAAACAAAAAGAACUUGAACCUGGUUAUUAUGAACAAGUUGCUGGUGCAACUAUGGUAGGACAUGUUCAAGAAUAUUUUCUUUAA